AUGUUUAACCUUCGUUUGUAUGUCUGUGUUUUUGUUCUAAUGGUUGUUAUAAAUUGUGCAUCAGCACGAGCACGAAAUCAUAACUAUUUAAAUGAACAUGAAAAACGACUAUUUGGGUGCGGCGCGCUUGGUACGUCAUGUAGUGGCUUGUUUUCUAAAUCGUGCUGCAAUGGUUUUAAGUGUCACUCAACUACUGGAAAAUGUGUAAGCUCUGGCGGAUCAAGUAAUUGGCUUGGUGAUCGAAAUGGCAAAUAA